CCAAAAUGCAUUGACGUGACGUCUCCAUCGCGCCAUCUUCGUAAGCGGACGAGCAGUGGACGUUGAAUGAGAACCCGUGCCUUUUGAAAGAAACGUCUGCUACAUGGAGUGAUAAGAUUGCUUUUUCCAGGUGGUUCAGCAACUCUUGUCAUCAUGGGGAUCAAGGUUCAACGUUCUCGGUGUUUCUUUGACAUCGGAAUAGGAAGUGCAGCAGUCGGUCGAAUCAUUGUCGAGUUGUUCACAGACAUGUGUCCCAAAACAUGUGAAAACUUCCGAUGCCUUUGCACUGGUGAGAAAGGUGUUGGUAAAGUAACCCAGAAACCGCUUCAUUACAAAGGAUGCCUGUUCCAUCGCAUUGUGAAAGACUUCAUGAUUCAAGGAGGCGACUUCAGUGAAGGCAAUGGAAGAGGAGGCGAAUCCAUCUAUGGGGGCUUUUUUGAAGACGAAAGCUUUGCUGUGAAACAUAACAAGGAGUACUUGCUGUCUAUGGCCAAUAGAGGAAAAGAUACAAAUGGAUCACAGUUUUUCAUAACAACCAAACCAACUCCCCAUUUGGACGGGGUCCAUGUGGUUUUCGGCCACGUGAUUUCUGGUCAAGAGGUCUUACAAACUAUAGAGAAUGAGAAAACGGAUCCCAACAGCAGACCCUAUGCCGAAAUCAAGGUUUUGAACUGCGGGGAACUUGUCCCCAAAUCAAAAGCCAAGAAACGUGACAAGAAGAAGGAGCGCGCCUCGUCGAGUUCCAGCGGUAGUUCCAGUGACUCCGACAGCACCUCGGAAUCCUCCUCUGAGUCCGAAGAAUCGGACAAAGAGUCCAAGAAGCAAAAAAAGAAAGCCAAAAAGCAAAAGAAGAAACAGAAGAAGGACAAAAAGAAGGCCGAGCCUGAAAUUGUCGAAGAGAAAGAACAAGAAGAGGUGGUCACGUCCACCGUGCGUCCUGAAGAAAUACCGCCCGUCCCUGAGAAUCGCUUCCUGAUGAGGUUCUCCCCGGUCGAGCAAAAAAAAGAGGAGCCCGUGAAGGACAAAGAAAGCAAAGACGAACGGCCUCGUGACAGAUCGAGCGCGCAAUACAAUUCUCAGUCCAUGUAUAACAGAAGAUUGGUCAUGACGCGAUCCGGCAGGAAAAUCAAAGGCAGGGGCCCCAGGAGAUACAGAACUCCUUCACGCUCUCGUUCACGAUCCAGAGAUCGCUUUCGCCGCAGCGAAACUCCGCCCCACUGGCGUCUGGAGUUGCAGCGUCAGAGGAUGAGGGCAGUCACGGGGGAGCGUUGGAUUAAAGGAGACAGAGGCGACAUGAGCGAGGACAAGGAGGAGGCCGCCGGCGCGAACCCUCAGAGGAGAGAGCGGCGGACCUCCAGUUCCAAGCGCGAGCACGCAGACGAGGGGAAAAAGGACAAGAAAUCCAAAUCGCAGCGAUCCAAAAGCAAGGAGGAUUCGGGGGAGAAGCAAGGCAAGCAGAAGGAAAAGAAAAGGGCCAAAUCUAAAAGUCGAAGCAGAGAAAAGAGCAGGCGGUCCAAAAGCAGAGAGAAGAGGAGACGGUCCAAAAGCAAAGAGAAGAGUCACAAGAAUAAAAGUAGUGACAGGAAAGAUCGCUCGAGGAGCAAAGAGCGAAAUGCGGACAAGAAGGAAAAGGAAACCGAUCACGGCAAAGAGAAAAACAGGGAGCAGGAGUCUGACGGCAAGAAGAAAGAGGAUUCCAAGACGAGCAACGGCGAGAGAACGCGGACAAAGUCGCAAAGUCAAGACAGAAGCUCCAAGGACCGACACAGAUCAAGCAGCAGAAACCGAGAGAAGGGCGGACGCGCCGCCUCCAAGGACAAAGACGAAAAACGCAGAGAGAGGGGCAGGGAACGCAGCAGGAGCGCGCACAGGCGACACGGCGAUGACAAGGAUGACAAAAGGCGGCGGACGCGGAGCCGGGAGCGCAGGAAAAGCCGGGACCGCAGCAAGGCCCGCGAUUCCUACCGAAGCAGGCGCUCCAGAAGCAAGAGCAGCCGGAGGGGACGCAGCAAAGAUCGCAAGGACAGCCAACGGAGGCGACGACGCAGCAGCAGCAGCAGCUCCAGCAGCAGCAGCAGCAGCUCCGACAGCGAUCAAGACAGACGCAAGCGUCGCAAGAGCCCCGAUUCCAAACGCAGAAGAUCCAAAAGCGCCUCCAAAGACAGGAAAAGAACCGACACGACGAAAGGCAAAAGCAACAGCAAGCGGGAUCACUCGAGCCCCCGUUCAAGAUCUCACAGCGACUGAAACCGUCUUAAAAUUAGUUGUGCCCCCCAACGUCGUCAUAUGCUCAGUACGCAUUUUCCGCGCAGCUCCGUCUUUCCGAAGAGCCGCACAUGGUGAUGUUUCUCACUCAGUUCGUCCACAGCGCCAUUU